AUGCGCUCCUUUUGGGGGGGCACCGCCCUGCGGGGGCUCCUCUGCGGCCCGCGGGUCCCAGGCCCGAGUCCCGUGCGCCAGAGCUCGGGAGGGCCCUCUUGGACCCCAGAGCGGACGUUGGUGGCUGUGAAGCCAGACGGGGUGCAGCGUCGGCUUGUGGGGGAUGUGAUCCGACGCUUCGAGAGGCGAGGUUUCAGACUGGUGGGGAUGAAGAUGCUGCAGGCUCCAGAGAGCAUCCUGGCCGAGCAUUACCAUGAUCUUCGAAGGAAGCCCUUCUACCCAGCCCUCAUCAGCUACAUGAGCUCUGGGCCCCUGGUGGCUAUGGUCUGGGAAGGCCACAACGUGGUCCGGACCUCGAGGGCCAUGAUCGGGGACACGGACUCCUCUGAAGCUGCCCCAGGGACUAUCCGGGGAGAUUUCAGCAUCCACAUCAGCAGGAACAUCAUCCACGCCAGCGACUCCGUGGAGGGGGCCCAGAGGGAAAUCGGGCUGUGGUUCCGGAGCAGUGAGCUGGUGGACUGGACAGACCGGGGCUCCCAAGGCAAUGCCUCUGCAGCCUGAGAGGGCCAGCUGCUCUCCACUGCCCCCCGUUCGCUGGUACCAGCCCCCUCUGUCAUCAAGAUUCAGCUCACACCCACACUUUGCCCAGCCCUCCAAACCACCCUCCCGGGAACCUUGCACCCAAAGUAGGAGAUGUUGAGGCAUCGAUUUUCUGUGCCUUUCUGUGUCUUAAGCCCACAUGACAUUGGACCAAAUCCUUCCAGUACCAAAGUGCCGGACCACCUGUGAGGUGUGUGACCAGCCUGCCCACCAAGGAAAGCAUUAAAGUUCAUUGUGCAGCAGUG